CCCAGUUCGCUGUGAGCGUCGCCUUCUCGGAGGCAAAACGUCGAACACCAACCGCCGCCACCGCCAUGAGAAAGCACCACAAGCUUCUCUUAAACCACUUUCUCCGUCGCCGAGCCACCAGGCCCUACACCUCGGCCGCCCACCUCGCCACCACCCCCGCGGCGGCCGCCGCCGCCUCCGGCCUCGACGCUCUCGAUCUCCUGGACGCGGGGGAGCUCGCGCCGACCCCGCGCCUCUACCACUCCCUCAUCACCGCCUGCGCGCAAACAAGGAGCCUCGACGAUGCAAAGACGAUCCACGCGCACCUGGCCGGCUCCCGGCUCGCGGGCGACGCCUUCCUCUGCAACUCGCUCAUCCACCUGUACUGCAAGUGCGGCGCCGUCUCGGACGCGCGAAGGGUGUUCGACGAGAUGCUGAACCGAGACAUGGUCUCUUGGACCUCGCUCAUUGCCGGGUACGCGCAGAACGACAUGUCGGUCGAGGCAGUUGGGCUGCUCCCCGGCAUGCUGAGGGCGCGGUUUAAGCCCAACGGGUUCACGUUUGCCAGCCUCCUCAAGGCGGCCGGUGCCUGUGCUGGCCGUGGCAUCGGGGAACAAAUACACGCGCUCUCGGUGAAGUGUAACUGGGAUGAGGAUGUCUAUGUUGGCAGUGCACUUCUUGACAUGUAUGCGCGGUGUGGGCAGAUGGACAUGGCCAUUGCGGUGUUUGACCGGCUUGACUCGAAGAAUGGGGUUUCUUGGAACGUGCUGAUUGCUGGGUUCGCGAGGAAGGGUGAUGGAGAAACAACGUUGAUGACGUUUGCAGAGAUGCAGAGGAAUGGGUUUGAGGCGACACAUUUUACGUACUCGAGCGUGUUCUCUGCGAUUGCUGGUAUAGGUGUUCUUGAGCAAGGGAAGUGGGUGCAUGCUCAUAUGAUUAAGUCUGGGCAGAAGUUAACUGCGUUCGUGGGCAACACGAUGCUUGACAUGUAUGCAAAGUCUGGGAGCAUGGUCGAUGCAAGAAAGGUGUUUGAUCGUAUGGAUAAGAAGGAUCUAGUUACUUGGAACACAAUGCUCACUGCAUUUGCACAAUAUGGAAUUGGAAAGGAAGCGGUUGCUCAUUUUGAGGAGAUGAGGAAAUGUGGCAUUCCCCUUAAUCAGAUCAGCUUCCUUUCCAUCUUGACAGCUUGUAGCCAUGGAGGCCUGGUGAAGGAAGGCAAGCACUACUUUGACAUGAUGAAGGACUACAAUGUGGAGCCUGAGAUUGAUCACUAUGUUACAUUUGUUGAUCUUCUUGGCCGAGCCGGUUUGCUGAAGGGAGCUCUGAUCUUUGUCUUUAAAAUGCCCAUGCAACCAACAGCUGCUGUUUGGGGAGCCUUGCUUGGGGCUUGCAGAAUGCAUAAGAAUGCUAAAAUAGGGCAAUUUGCUGCUGAUCAUGUCUUUGAACUUGACCCAGAUGAUACUGGUCCACCUGUGCUGUUGUAUAACAUAUAUGCUUCCACAGGGCAAUGGGAUGCUGCUGCUAGAGUGAGGAAGAUGAUGAAGGCAACAGGUGUAAAGAAGGAGCCUGCUUGCAGUUGGGUUGAGAUAGAGAAUUCAGUGCACAUGUUUGUGGCGAAUGACGAUACACAUCCGAGUGCAGGAGAGAUAUACAGGAUGUGGGAUAAGAUAAACAUCAAGAUUAGGAAAGCAGGAUAUGUCCCUAAUACGGAUUAUGUGCUUCUGCACGUUGAUGAACAAGAGAGGGAGGUAAAGUUGCAGUACCAUAGCGAGAAAAUUGCACUUGCAUUUGCACUGAUCAACACACCUGCUGGGGCAAUGAUUCGGAUCAUGAAGAAUAUUAGGAUAUGUGGGGAUUGCCACUCUGCUUUCAAAUAUGUCUCUAAUGUCUUCGAAAGGGAGAUUGUUGUGAGGGACACUAAUAGAUUCCACCAUUUCAGCAAUGGUUCUUGUUCUUGUGGAGAUUACUGGUGAUUAUGAUGAUCUUGAGUAUUUGUGAGUUCAGAAGGACACAGGCUAUCCAUUGUGCUUGUAGGGUCAUGGGUUCAUGCAGUUACAGCGAGGAGGCCUACAUGAUGAACCCAUGUAUUCUUGCCUGAAAUAUUCUUGUUGAUUGAGGAAGUCGUGUACUGCAGCACACAAAGAGGAUUCUUUUGGAAGUGAUUCCAGCAGACAUGGAUUUUCAUUCUUUUAUUCAGUUACUGAAUUCUUUCAAGUUGCAAAAGUCAGGUUAUUGUCUAUAUGUACCUGACUGGCUUAUUGGUUCCUGUGAGGAACAUGGAAAUGCAUCCAACAUUCCAGCGGUGCAGUCUCUGAACUCUGAUUCUCUGAUUGGAAACACACUUGGGUUGGCUUUCUUUCAGGUUAUAUUGAGAAACAUCCAUCAUCCAUGGCUUUUUAUGAGGGCUUUAGCCUAUUAGGGUCAAGCUUGCCAAGCUGAGUUGUCAUUGGCACUUACGAUUGAUGACAGCUCUGGUUAAGUCACCAGCAUGUCGGGCAAGUGCUCUGGUCAAAUCAGCUCUUUCACUCUAGGGGUAUGAUGCUUCAAACAAUCACAAUCAUCCCUUUGUAAUCCUAUGGAUGAGAUCAGCAAUAUUUUUUGAAAGGACAGUACCAGUGAUGCCGAUAUUAUUAUAGAAGAAGAGA